CGACGCGUCCGAAGAUACUCCAUCUCUCUCCGGCCCUCCCCGUUUCUGAAGUCGACUCAAACCCUAGUCCCCUCUCGCCUCGCCAUCCCCGCCCAUGGAUCGCGACCGCUCCUCCCGCCGCGCCCGCGACGACGACGGCCACCACCGCUCCCGCGACCGGGACGACAACCACCACCGUCGCCGCAGCCGCCACGACACCGACGACCACCACAAGCACGACGGCGGGGACGACGACCGCCGCCGCCGCCACCGCGAAAAGGACGGCGGUGGCGACGACGAGGACCGCCGCAGCCACCGCCACCACCGCGACAAAGACGACCGCCGCAGCCACCGCCACCGCGACGGCGGGGACGACGGCGACGACCGCCGCCGCGAUAGCCGCCGGUCCGUGUCCUCGUCGGACUCCCCGCCGCCCUCCGCGAAGCGGGACCGCUCGUUGAGCCGCCCGCGGGAGUCAAUCGAGCGCCGCGACUCCGCCGACCGCGAGCCGCUGUCCUCGUCACGGAAGCGGAAGGGCCACGAGGGCGGUGGCGGUGGGGACGAGGCCGACCGAGAUGUCGGCAAGCGGGCUAGGGCCUCUGUGGACCCGCCUCCGCCCAAGGAGGAGAGGCCUAGGCGUGAGCGCCGGAGGUUUGAGGAUGUUGAUGCUAAUGGGAAGAAUGGUGAUGUGAGGAGUAAGGUGAGCAAGGAGAUCUCAUCUCAUGACCAGAAGAAGGGGGAGUUUGCAGUUAAUGGAGAUUUACAGAGUGGUGCCGUGCAUAAUGAUGGUUCUCAGCAACCGCUCAAUGCCGCACCUGCUGUAGUGUCAUCGUCUGUUCCCGUGUCUUCAAAGGUAUCUUCGAUUACUACCAACAAUGAAAAUGAGGGGGUUAGUGUUAGAUCUGAUGAGGUUACUGGAAAAUCUAGUACAGAUGGAAGUGCAACCUCAGCUGCUGGCAAAAAUAGUAAUCUAUCUCUUGAUGCUUUAGCCAAAGCAAAAAAAGCUUUGCAACUGAAGAAGGAACUGUCAGAGAAACUCAAGAAGUUACCCAUGCUUAAUAAACUUGGCACUACUGGUCAAGUUUCUAAGAAAGAAGAUGCAAAAACAGCUGUAGAAACACAGACUGUUUCUAAAGGAGAAGCAAAGCAUACUGGUCCAGUUUCUGGUCUGCCCACGAGUAGUGUCUCUGGGACUCCAGCCGCAGCUGGUGCAAUUGGUAUUCCGGGUCUUACAAACAUUCCCAAUCUGGAUGCUGUGAAGCGAGCACAAGAGCUUGCUGCUAAGAUGGGAUUCCGGCAAGAUCCACAGUUUGCUCCUCUCAUCAACAUGUUUCCUGGUACAUCCACUGAACUUACUGUGCCUCAAAGACCUCCCAAGGCUCCUGUUCUUCGCCUUGAUGCUCAGGGUAGGGAAAUUGAUGAACAGGGAAAGGUUAUCAGCAUGACAAAGCCAACAAAUUUGAGUACUCUAAAGGUCAAUAUAAACAAGCAAAAGAAGGAGGCUUUUCAAAUCAUAAAGCCAGACUUAGACACUCUUGCAAAAUCAAGUGCUCAUUUUGAUGAAAGGAUGGGCAUAAACCAAAACAAGCUCCUCCGUCCUAAAAGGCCAGGAUUUCAGUUUGUUGAAGAGGGCAAACUCUCUAGGCAAGCUGAAUUGCAUCGAAUUAAGAGUCAAUUUGGUGAAGCACAAGCUAAAGAGCUCAAAGUAAAGCAAGCCCAGCUCGCUAAGGCAAAGGCAGAAGUAGAUAUGAACCCAAACCUUAUUGAAGUUGCUUUUGGUAUGAGAGCUCCAAAGCAAAAGCAGAAGGAAGCAAUUCCUGACAUUGAGCCAUGGGAUGCAAAAAUUUUACUUUCUGCCACAUAUGAGGAUUUCACUGUGGAGAAGCUUAAUAUGGACAGGAUCACCAUAUAUGUGGAACAUCCAGAGCCAAUAGAACCACCGGCUGAACCUGCACCACCGCCGCCACAGCCACUGAAGUUAACUAAAAAAGAGCAGAAGAAGCUGAGAACACAGAGGCGUCUUGCUAAGGAAAAAGAUAGGCAAGAAAUGAUUAGGCAAGGCCUAUUGGAGCCACCCAAACCAAAGGUCAAAAUGAGCAAUCUUAUGAAAGUUCUAGGCUCUGAAGCUGUGCAAGAUCCCACGCGGCUGGAGAUGGAAAUCAGAACUGCCGCUGCAGAGCGUGAACAGGCUCAUGUAGACCGCAACAUUGCUCGCAAGCUCACACCAUCUGAACGCCGCGAGAAGAAAGAGCGGAAGCUUUUUGAUGAUCCUACUAAUACAGUGGAGACUAUAGUUUGUGUUUACAAGAUCAGAGACUUGUCCCAUCCACAGACACGCUUCAAAGUCGAUGUCAACGCACAAGAGAAUAGGCUAACUGGUGCUGCAGUCAUCACCGAUGGUAUCAGUGUUGUGGUUGUUGAAGGAGGGAAGAAGUCAAUCAAAAGGUACAAUAAGCUCAUGCUCAACCGGAUAGACUGGGCAGCCGCAGUUAGUGGUGAGGAUGAUGCUGACGAGGAACCUGACAAGCCGGUGAAUAGUUGUGCAUUGGUCUGGCAGGGCAGCGUGGCAAAGCCUGCCUUCCACAGGUUCACUGUACACAACUGCCGGAGUGAGGCUGCUGGUAAGAAGGUUUUUGCUGAUGCUUCUGUUCCUCACUACUGGGACCUUGCUGUCAAUUUUUCUGAAGAUUCAUCAUGAGCAAAUCACCUGCUCAAAACCUUGGUACCUGCUGUUGAUCUUUGUUCUAUCUACAUGCAAUUGCUGAUGAGUGGCCAGCGUUUUAGCGCUUGACAUGAUAUUAAGUCCUCUUAUCACGAGUAGUGGAAGCUUACUAGUAGCAAUGUGGACACCUGAACUGAGUAAUACGUUGUACUGUCGAUCUGCUCUGAAUGUGGAAUUCAGAGAUGUCGGGUGUUUGUUGCGGGUUUUUAUUAUUAUUAUUAUAUGGCCCAGGUACUGUCA